GCGGCGCGCGCACGAGCCCACCCGGCCGCGCCCGGACAAUACCCGCCGCGCGCGGCGAUGCCCGCGCCGGUGCCGCCCCCGCGCCGCGCAGCCCCGGCCGCCAGGCCCUAGCCGCCCGCCAGCGCCGUCCCUGCCGCGGCACCGCGGACCCGACCUCGCGCGGAGAUGGAGGUCCUCGAGGCAGACCGCUCGUCCCAGCAGGAGCGGAUCCAGGCUAUCGCAGAGAAGCGGAAGAGGCAGGCGGAGAUCGAGGGCAAGCGCAGGCAGCUGGAGGAGGACCGGAGGCAGCUGCAGCACCUCAAGUCCAAGGCCCUGCGGGAACGCUGGCUGCUGGAGGGCACGCCGUCCUCAGCCUCCCAAGGGGAGGACAUGAGGAGGCAGAUGCAGGAGGAGGAGCAGAAGGUCCGGCUCCUGGAGGGCUCCAUCUCCAGGCUGGAGAAGGAAAUCGACGUGCUGGAGAACGGGGAAUCGGCCCCCGCCACUUCAGGGGAGAACAAGGCGGCUCCCGGUCCAGCCCGGGCCCUGGCCCCAAGCCCAGCCAAGGAGGAGCCCCAACCAGAGGUGGUGUGUGACUCACAGCAGACCCCGCCGGGCACGCCCACAGCAGAGAAGCAAGUCUCCAACACUCCUGUGCGGACGGUCAGAGGCUCGCCCAUGAUGAAGGCAGCCACGUACUCAGUUGAGAUCACAGUGGAGAAGGACAAGGUGACAGGGCAGACCAGGGUGCUGUCCAGCACCACACUGCUCCCCCGGGAGCCACCUCCUCGGGGCAUCAAGGUCUACGAGGACGAGACGAAAGUUGUCCACGCCCUGGACGGCACAGCCGAGGACGGCAUCCACCCACUGAGCUCCUCCGAGGUGGACGAGCUCAUCCACAAAGCAGACGAGGCUGCUCUGAGCGAGGUGGGGUCCACCACGGGGGCAGCGGAGACCCGGGGGCCCGUGGAGGCCGCCCAGACCACACCCUCCCGGCGGGAGAUCCCAGGCGUGCAGGCGCAGCCGGGAGAAGCCACGGCGGGCCCGCCGGGCAUCCAGCCCGGCCAGGAGCCCCCGGUCACCAUGAUCUUCAUGGGCUACCAGGACGUGGAGGAUGAGGCUGAGACCAAGAAGGUGCUGGGGCUGCAGGACGCCAUCACGGCCGAGCUGGUGGUCAUCGAGGACGCCGCAGAGGCCAAGGAGCCUGCGCCCCCCAACGGCAGCGCCAAGGAGCCGCCCGGCCCGGCGGUCUCCAGGGAGGAGGACCAGGUGGGGCCCCAGGCGGCCACCAGCGACCCCCAGGACCUGGAGGUGAAGAAGCAGCGCUGCAAGUGCUGCUCCAUCAUGUGAGCCAGCCCGGCCCCCAGACCCCGGCCCCCACUCCACACCAGAUCCCGCCAGCCCGGCCCCUCCCGGCGCCUGCCCACCCGCACCCAGACCUCUCGGCCCUGGACACGCGAGUUGCUUCACGUCCCUUGAGUUUCCUUUCACUGGAAAGAGGGACGGGGCCCCACCUGGCAGCACACCCCGCACCAGCUGGACCCCGAGCCGGGCUCUGGUGGGAGAGAGACGGGCUGGCCUGCUUUUCCCGAGCAAGGACCCCCAUGCCGCAGCCGCUGCAGGGGUGCGGCUCCCACCCACCAGGCCGUGGCUGGUGCGCCCGCGGCCUCGGCCAGCCUGCCCGUGCCUUCCUGCCACUCCACGUCUCUGAGGGGCCUGGGGUCCGCGAGUGGGGCUCUGGCUUCCCUGCCAAAGGCGCUGGCCUCCGACCGUGGGCAGUUGGGGUGAGUCCACGCUUCUUCAGGGGCUUGAGGUCUUAGAAUGGAGCAUGGGCUCCUCUGGACGCCCCCAGCCUGGCCGGCACCCCACCAGGCCCAGCCAGUGGGCAGCGGCACCUGGGGAGGCGGUGGGGGACGUGGCCCCCUCGGGUCUGUGACCUCUGGGCUGUCUUCUCAGCAGGGCAGGCGGGGCCAGAGCUGCCCCUUCCCCCACUGGGACCUCCUUCCUCCUGGUGCUAAUUCGGGGACCCCCGGGGCCACGCUGGGCCUCCUGUCCGGCCUGCUUGGACCAGGGUCCUGGGUUCCCGCGACCGUACCCCAGAGGUCCGCCCACCUGCCAGCUCUGCUGGGCUUGGGGCGUUUCUGGGCAGGGAGGUCCCCUGGCUGGAGAGGAGACCCGCCCCGUGCCGCCAGCCCAACGGGAGCCCAAUGCACCUCGGCACUCUCACGGACGCCCGCUCCUCGCCUGCUGGCUUUGACGGCCAGGCCCACCUGGCCCCUCCUGGGGCCUCCAGCCCAGGGCCCAGAACUCCAGCCUCCUCCUGGUCCAGCAGCCGGCUGCCUCAGGGCGGCGGCAGGGGCCAUGCUGGCUGGGAGCCUGGGCCCUGGCUUCAGUUAGCCCCUCCAGCGGCGGGAGGGGUCCUCUCAGGGGGCCAGGCCAGUGGCCACGGGACCCCCUCCUGCUCCCUCAGUCUGCUCAAGUGCCCUUGCUGCCCCUCUGCUUUGAUGUGUGAUGAGGCCCUGAUGUUCGUGACUUUCCCAGAGAAGCAAAUAAACAGCGUGACCA